AUGACACCAGGCGACCCCGCUUGCUCUUCUGCUGCUACUGUUGCUGCUGCUGCUCUUUCCGAGGUGCUUGUUAACAGUUGGAAAGGAAAGCCUUAUGGAAGCGGGUUGGGAGGCUCAACAGGCCGUCCGAGCCGAACCGGACGCCCCAGCUCUCGCUGUCGCCGCCGCCGCCGCCGCCGCCGCGGUGGGCCGGGCCCCGCACUUAUACCGAGCCGGGGGCGGAGCUCCCUCCCCUUCUGGGCCGCCCGGGCGUCCCCGCGGCGCGCGCCGGGGCUCCUGCCGGGCCUUCGCGCCGGCCGCCGGCCGCCGGCCCCGCCCUUCCCUGGAGGAGUCGCCGCCCGGGGCGCAAGCGCGCAGCUGGCCGCGAACGACCCGCGCGGCCUGCGGGGACGUUCGCCCCGACUGAUUCCCCUCGCCGGGUUUCCCGCCCUCUGGGAAGCAGCUAGCGGGGCCCGGGCCGGCCGGCGCCGGCGAAGGGGAGGCAGGUGCUCGGAGUCGGCGGGGCCGGCGUGGAGAGGUUUUGCGCAAAAUGAAGCGGCAGGUGCUGGAGGGGAGCGCUUGGCACCGGCCGCCAAGCGCAGCCGCCGAACUGUCACUGUGAAAAGCUCUAGCCAGAGCUUGGAGGGACUGCCUAGCAGGGCUUCCCUCAAAGAACUAGAAUCAAAGGGCAGGAAGGGGGCGCAAAGAUCAGAGGCCAGCCUGUGCGGAGGAGUAAACGGAGGCUUGGUAAGGUGAAGUCCCGC